AUGGCCUACACCACCUCCACCCGUGCCGUCGCCGCAGUUCCCGCCUGCAUUAAUCAGGCUAUCAACUUCCUGACCCGCCCUCUUAUUCUCACCGAGACGCCUGACUUAGUCAUUUCGCUCCAGUCGAUCCUUCGUUCGACCCUCCAACCCGCCUUCCAACACAGUCGCGACUCGCGCCUUAUUCUUUCGCUCACACCCACCUCUCUUCCUCCUCGCCCUCUCUACGCGGCAUGCAUUGCCUGCGGCUUUCAAUGGUCCGAUUGGAUCAGACUCCUCGGUGCUCGUGAAUUCGAUCUCAUCAUCGACGCUAAUACCGUCUCAGUUACCUACCAUGGCGCGAAACCGCAGACCAUCAUCUUCUGGUCUGAGCCCAGCCGCACCCCGGCCAAGCGGGCCCUGCUGGCUCGGCUCAACUUCGAGGAGGCGCGAGUCCCAAUCAGCAAGUUAGGCCAACAAUCGGCGAUGCAGGCCUCCCUUAAAGCAACGGUCAACUCUGCCAUUGCCCGUGCCCACACCCGCACACUCGCCCAGCAGCUGCUCGAGUCCGACCACAAGCAGGAGGCCGACGAGAUCUUCGCGAUGAUCUCGAAGACCGCGAUCAUGUCGCCUACGCCCACCCGCGAGCACUUCUCGCUCGACCUGCCCACGUCGAUCAUGCCCACUUCGUUGAACGCCUUCCCUUCGCCCCUCUCCUCACCCGAGGUCUUCUCGCCCGACAGCUCCAGGCCGAGCUCGCGCUCCUCGGGCACCUUUUCGACCUUCUCCGACGAUGAAGAGAGUGUUACCUCCGCGUCGUCUGUCUCCUCUUACGACUUCUUCGCCUCCGCCAAGCCUGCACCCGCGCCUGCCGCACCCAUCAGCAAGCCUACCCUUGCCGCGUUCAACGGGCACGCCCCCGCCUUCGUUCCACGCCAGCCCCAGCAGCCCUCGCGUGUCAUCGUCGACAGCGAGAAGAAGGAUGUCACCAAAUACCUCUACCAGGGUGGCGUCAGCACCGUCCUCACUGGCGGUGUCAUGCUCGGUGCGGCCAAGCCUGCCGCCCCGAAAGCCGACAACGUGGUGCCCAAGUACCGCGCCCCCAUUGGCGGCAGGAAGCAGCCUUUCGCUGCGGCCAAAAACACCGCGAGCACCGCAGCUUCAUGGAGGCGCGCUGUUGCUCCCUGCGUCUAA